AUGCAGAUGGUCGUCAACCCGAGCUCGAACGUCUUCGUGUGCGCUGAAUACGCGACUGCGAGCUCGGCCUUCGACACGCAGCAGUACGUGGUGGACCUCAUGACGACCACCGACGCUCGCUACCCGGUGCGCCCCAUCGUCGCGCUCGACGUGCUCACCAGUGUCGAUACCGACUCCAUCUACUCGUCGUGCGAGGAGCUGGAGCCUCAGGGACAGUGGGAGACGCCCGGGUUUGUCCUCAAGUCGACGGCCAGCAACAGCGACUCCAGCGACGUUGUCGUCUGCGUGCAGCGUCCGCUUGCCAACGCCACUAACAGAUCGCUCGCCGUCUUGACCGACCUCUCGGUGGUUCUACCGACCGAGUCGUGCCCCGAGGCUACCAGCAACGUUACGACCACAGAAAUCACAAGCGACGAGAUCAAGCUCUGCGCCGAGUGGGGCGUCGUGGAAUUCGACGACGACGGCACGAACUCCAGCAGCUCGAUUUCCAGCCAAGCGACGUCUCCGUUCGUGGCGGAGCUGGCGCUGUACGAGACGGCCGUGGACGAAGCGGAGGACUUCAACGUCUCCUCUACGCUCCCUGGCGCUUGGAACGUCAUCGGCAAUGACCUCUUGGCGGCCGCCUCGGUUAUCGCGGAGCAACUGAGAGAGGAGAGCAACUCGUCCAGCUCUGCGAGUGCUGGAGAAGACAGCGACCCCAUGUACAACGAGUGUCGCGAGGCCGUCACGGUGGCGUUCCUGGACGAGCUGCUGGACAUCGAGCAGCCGGACUUCGUGGUCUUCUCGGGCGACAACGUGCAGACGGAUCUGGACACCGACAUGCACACGUUCGCCAUGAACAUCUUCACUGCGCGCGUGGAGAGCCGAGGGAUCCCGUGGGCGGCGGUGUUUGGCAACCACGACACGGAAGGUGGUCUUACAAGGGAAGAGAUGCUGGAGCUCAUGACGGAAGGCAAGGAGUACUCGCACGUCAAGUACGGACCGCGUGACAUUGGCGGCGUUGGCAACUACGAGGUGAACGUCGUGGCUCCGAAGACCGGCCCGUGGGGUGAGGAGGGGUCGACGGUCUUCCGCAUGUACUUCCUGGACUCUCACGCCUCCAUCGACACCGCGACGUACCCCCUGUCUCACAUGGCUGACAGCGACAACAGCUCGUCCGAGAACUCCAGCGUACCGGCAGUCAUGUACUACCACAUCCCAGUCCCUGAGUACGCUUCGGCCUCGCCGUUGACCCGCGUUGGCGACAAGAACGAAGAGACGGCGGGCGCGGCAGUGAACAGCGGCUUGUUCUCAGCUCUGCUUGAGGUGGGGGACGUCAAGGCGACCUUCGUGGGCCACGACCACGUCAACGAGUACUGCUACCUGCGUCAAAGUAUCCAGCUCUGCUAUGGAGGUGGCAUUGGUCUGGGUAGAGCCUACGGUCUCACCGACUUUGAGCGUCGCGCUCGCGUGCUCGAGUGGACGUACAGCGCCAACCAGACGCGCUCGCUGCAGAGCUGGAAACGGUAUCUCGCGGACCCCACGCAAAUCCAGUCGCUCGAAGUGCUCUACUCGGAAUAGAGGUUCUCAUAGGAAACGGCUUCUAACGAACUAACUGUACAAUAGAGAGUAAUAACCGCUCGCUCG